AUGCAUAUCCAUCAGAGAUCAACCAUCGACGUCGAGUCGACGCUCGCGUCUCUCACUCUUGCUGAGAAAAUAUCCCUUCUAUCAGGGUCCGACUUUUGGCACUCUGCCGCUAUCCCGUCUAGGGGAAUCUCUGCUAUCAAAUGCACCGACGGUCCCAAUGGUGCUCGUGGCGGUCGAUUCUUCAAUCCAGUUCCAGCCCUAUGUAUACCCUGCGGGACUGGCCUCGGUGCAACAUGGAACCCGGAACUUCUCUAUGCAGCAGGUCAGCUUCUCUCUCGAGAAUGCGAAGCAAAAGGCGCCCAUGUAUGGCUAGGUCCGACAGUCAACCUUGUUCGAGGCCCUCUCAAUGGUCGCGGAUUCGAGAGUUUCUCUGAAGACCCUCAUCUGAGUGGCGUGCUAGCUACGGCUAUCAUCAAUGGAGUACAGAGUCGAGGUACAGCAGCAGCGUUGAAGCAUUUUGUUGCCAAUGAUCAAGAAACUGCCAAAAUGUCAACUGAUAUCUGCAUGUCGGAAAGGGCACUGCGGGAAGUCUAUCUCAAACCUUUUCAGAUGGCGGUGCGAGAUGCUAAGCCAAAGGUUGUCAUGUCAUCAUAUAACAAAGUGAAUGGAGUUCAUGUUUCUGAGAGCAAGAAACUUUUGCAAGAUAUUUUGCGAGGGGAAUGGGGGUAUGAUGGGCUGGUAAUGAGUGAUUGGUACGGUACAUAUGGCUGUACUGAUGUUCUCAACGCCGGCGUGGAUAUUGAAAUGCCCAGUCCUUCCAGACAUCGUGCAGACAAAGCUAUAGUAGCAGUCGUUUCGGGAAAGGUUAGUAGAAAGACGAUAGACGAUCGAGCAAGAAAGGUUCUUGAACUAGUCAACAAUACGGCAGCAGCACGAGUAUCGACAAAAGAGACGACUAGAGACUCACCAGAUGAUCGAGCUCUCAACAGACGGCUAGCUACAGAGAGCGUCGUUCUUCUCAAAAACUCAAGUAAUAUGCUACCCCUUCAGGCUCAAGGCUGCGAGGAUAUCGCUAUAAUAGGACCAAAUGCCAAGCUUCCCGCUGCGUGUGGCGGAGGAAGUGCGAACCUACGGCCAUACUAUACAAGCUCGGUCUUUCAAGGGAUUAGUAACCAGUUGCCCCCAAAUGCAAGGGUUCAAUUCGAGCCUGGCGUUUUUGGGCACGUUUUACUCCCAUACUUCACCGGGGAUCAUGUCACUGAUGAGAACGGAAAUCAAGGUGUUUCCAUCUCUUUCUUCAACGAACCAGAGUCUGCUCUCAACAGAAAACCCUUUGACCAACAAAACAUACCAGAUACGACUUACCAACUAAUGGACUAUAACCACCCAGACAAAAACGAGACUUUCUAUAUGUCAAUGAAAGCCAACUUCAAACCCGACAUUGAUGGAUUGUAUGAAUUUGGCCUUGCCAGCUAUGGUACCUCGAAAUUAUACAUCAACGACCAGCUUGUCAUUGAUAACGAAACAGCACAGACCCAUGCUGGAAUAUUCUUCGGGCACGGGUCUACAGAAGUGCGUGGAUUGUAUAAGAUGGAUUCAAACCAAAGUUAUCGCCUACGAGUCGAAACUGGCAGUGCAUCUACAUCAAGGACUAGCGGUGGUUCAUUCAUUCCCAUUCCUGGAGGAGCCUGUCGACUUGGCGGCUGUCUCAAGCUUGAGCCAGCAGAAGGUAUCAGGCGUGCAGUUGCAGCAGCAAAAAAGGCUAAGCAUACUUUCAUUGUUGUCGGUCUCAACGCAGAUUUGGAAAAGGAGGGUAAAGAUAGAGAGUCAAUGUCCUUACCACCUCACGUCGACGACCUAGUAUCAGCCGUCCUGGAAGCCCAGCCCAACGCCAUUGUGGUAACUCAAGCUGGAAACCCCAUUGAGAUGCCAUGGCGCCAUCAAGCCAAGACUAUCCUUCAUAGUUGGUAUGGCGGAAACGAGGCGGGUAAUGCUAUCGCGGAUGUGGUAUUUGGUAAAGUCAAUCCGAGUGGAAAGCUCCCAAUGACCUUUCCAAGCCGACUCCAAGACGGACCAAGCUUCUUGAGUUUCGGCAGUGACAAUGGUAGGAUCUACUAUGCUGAGGAUGUAUUUGUUGGCCACCGUUGGUUUGAGGCACGGGGCAUCGAAGUAGCUUUUCCGUUUGGUCACGGUCUUAGCUACACAAAAUUCUCUACAUCUGAGAUUACGAUAAAGGAGAAUGAUGUACAAAUUGACGUCAAAAAUACAGGCUGUACGGCUGGCGCUGAGGUGCUCAUGCUGUACAUAUCCUUUGACAAUUUCAAGUCGGGCAAAAAGUCGAGAUUUUUACGGCCUGUUCGAACACUCGUCAGUUUCAAAAAAGUCUUUCUUGAGCCCGGUCAAGAGGCCUCGGUUGUUUUGACUUUGGACAAACACAGCACAGCGGUGUGGGAUGAGAUGGCGGAUAGUUGGUUGUGCGAAGCGGGGACAUAUACGGCUUCUGUGGUGAGCUCAAGCGACAUUUUGGAAACUAGCUUUGUCGUAGACCGAGACAUGUAUUGGAGCGGAGCAUAG